CCUCCAUUUCCAAUUUCCAUGAAAAAUUUCCCUCUACGACAGAGUCUUUUUGAGGGACGCAUUUCUUCACUGAAGCAUUACAACUUCGCACUGUUUGGUAAUCUCGCACCUCAUUUCGUUGUUUGAUAAAAUCUCUGUGUGUUCAACCAUAGGCUUGUCUCUGAGAGAUGGAUAGGAGGCUCAACGGACCCACCGUUCCGUCGAGCUCUAACGGCGGCACUGCCAUCGUAAGAUCUUCCUCUCCGACGCUACAGCCAAACUACAGUAGCCGAUUAGUUCAGGCUUCUGUUGCUGCUUGCUUCAUGUUUGCUCCAAUCUGUGAACAUACUCUGAGAUUCAUAGUGAUUGGGUUAGGUUCAGGAGGCUGCUUUGAGCUGUAUAUUGCCAAAGGAGAUCAGUGUAGUAAUGAAACAUUGGAACACUUGGCAGCUAUUGAUCUGAUAGAGUUGUGCAAAGAAGCCAAAGUUGAGCGCUGUCGAGCAACUCGAGACUUGAGAAGCUGUGGUCGAUAUGUCCACCAUGUUUUGAAUUCAUGUGGGCAUGCCUCUUUAUGUGAAGAAUGUAGUCAACGGUGUGAUAUCUGUCCAAUUUGUAGAAUCCCAAUUUCAAAGAGCGGUACUAAACUGCGUCUCCGACUUUAUUAUGAGUGCAUUGAAGCUGGCCUUAUUUCAAAAAGGUGUGAUGAGAGAUUUCAGGAAAUAGAAGAUGGGGAACUAACUGCUGAUGUCCAGCGCCUUUAUUCUUUGUUUGAUGUUGCACUUGAGAAUAAUUUGGUUUCGUUAAUUUGCCACUACAUCACAGAUGUGUGUAUGGAUGAAACUGCUGUUUCCAGUGAUCCUGUCAUAGCAUUUUUGUUGGAUGAAGUGGUAGUGAAGGAUUGGUGCAAGAGGACAUUCAAAAACAUAAUUACUGAACUGCAGGGAAUUUAUAAUAUGGACGUUUUAGGCAUGAACGAGAGAUUGAGUUUGCUUAUGAGAUUUUCAUUAUAUUUGAAGGGCAUAUCAAAUGUGCUAGACAUUUUGGAGUCAUCUUUUAAGGGUACUCUUUCAGCACAACUUCAUGAUUUGCACCAUCUCCAAGAGAUCAUCUUAAAGACAAAGCAGCAUAUGGAUAUUAUUAUUUGGUGUACAAGACACCAAUUUUUAGAGAAUGUGAGAUCACGUUUUACUGAUAGUUUAUCAUGGGCAUCAGUUGUUCGCAAGCGGAAAUCAGAAGCAAUUAGACGUGCUUGGCCUGAUGCAAUAAAUCAAUCUGUGGAGUCAUCGGGACACGAUGGCUCUCUUUUUGUUGAAGAUGCAUUGAAUAAUCUUGAUCUGGAGGAGGGGUUUAUGCACGAAGUAGCAGAGGGAUUUGAAAUUGCAUCCUUGCAGAAGGAUGGUGCAUCAUUUUUGGGGUCAAAUACUGAUCAGAUGCUGGGUUACUAUCCCUUCAAAAAUCUUCGUGCUGCUGCUGACUCGCUCUUUUUGCAUGGAGGCUCUGAUACAGUGAUUGCAAAGCAGGCCAUUUUUCUGUAUUAUUUGUAUGAUCGCCACUGGACAAUACCAGAUGAAGAAUGGAGACACGUACUGGAGGACUUUGCAGCUACAUUUAGUAUUAGUAGGCACUCAUUACUUGAGUCUUUGACUUUUUACCUUCUGGAUGAUCACACCGAGGAGGCUUUACAGGAAGCUUGUCGCCUUCUUCCUGAAAUAACUGGCCCAGCAUCACAUCCUAAAAUUGCUGAAGUGCUGUUAGAAAGGGGUAGCCCUGAUACGGCUCUCAUGGUUUUGAGGUGGGCUGGGCGUGAUGGUGGACCACACUUGACUUCACUCAGAGAUGCUGUCACUGCAGUGCGGGUGAGGGUUGAGUGUGGGCUUCUGACUGAAGCAUUUAUGCAUCAGAGAGUGCUCUGCACCCGGGUGAAGGAAAAUAAUUUCAAUAAAAGAGCAUCUGGUGAUACUUCAGAGAAACUGAAAGGCCAACAUAAUAAUUGGGUCGAGUGGGUGGAGGUCCUGGUGACUGAGAUUUGUUGCCUCUGUAUUAGGAGGAACUUGGUGGACCGGAUGCUAGAAUUGCCAUGGAAUUCCGAGGAAGAGAAGUAUAUACAUAAAUUUCUUUUGGAUUAUGCUAUUGAAGACCCUCUAAGGACAACAGGAAAUCUACUUGUUGUCUUUUAUAUUCAGCGCCACAGAUAUUCUGACGCAUACCAAGUUCAUAUUAGACUUGAAAAGGUGGAGCAAGACUGCAUUUUAAAAGGUUCUGUACGUCAAGAAUUUCUGCCAAGAUUAGAAAAGGCUAUUCAUUGGAGAGCCAAUUUGAUUAGUAGAUGCUUGGAGUUGUUGCCUGAAGUUGAACAGCAACAACUGAGGAGCGGAAACUUGACCGAAGGUGCUGCUACUUCUCAUGAAGAAGUUGAAAUUCCUGACAAGUUUGAUGUUCCUCAGAGUCAGGAUUCCUUGUCGACCAGUUUAUUGAUUCCUUCUGUGGAUUCUUCCCACAUUCUACAUAGAGAACAUACAACUGGCUUGUUGAGUUCAUCGAUUUUGGGAGCUUCAGCCAAAACAGGCAUGUCUUUCCCCCCUACUGGCCCUGAGCUUGGUAAUUUUGGUUCCUCAUCAUAUCAUCGUGAUGGGUUAUUUUCCAAUAACGAGAGGGUUCCAAGUCAUCAAGGUAAAAUCGGCAAAAAUCCUAGAUAUGAUAACACUCCAACUCUGAGGAAUCAUAAGAUCCGUUUGAUGAAUGGUUCACCUAUGAGGGGAUUUAACAGGUCAUCACCAAGCAAUUCCCAGGAAAUUAUGCCAGACAAAAUCUCGCCUGGAGUUGAACGAAAUCUACUUAUUGGCCAUAAUCAAACUACCAGUCCUAUGUACUCCUGGAAGGGUACAGCUAGCCCUGUUACUAGAUCCACCCUUAGCUAUCCUACAGAACUUGUAAAUGAUCUCCCAAAUAUAUCUAUUAGUAAUGUUCAAUCACAUAAAGAUAAUAAAAGUUGGAAUAUGGGGUCAACUAAUGAUGCGAUGGAUGUUUCUCAGAGCCUUGUAGAGAAGAAAUUAAAUACCGAAGAAAACAUCAAUGGUAGACCUAGAUGGAGAUCUGAUGGAGCGAGCGAUGAGGAAGAUAAUCUGGAUAUGGAAAGAGCUUUGGAUAUGGCUUAUUAUGCAACUCCAACACGGAAAACAAGACGUAGCAGAGUUGCCAAGAGAUGAAAACUCGACCUUUUGAUUGAAGGUUUCUGGAAAUUUUAUGGGAAGAAACAAGAAAUGCACAUGUGAAAGAGUCGUUUUAAAGUUGAGAGCUUUGCUUUUUUUGGAACUCGGGAUUUUUUACUUAUACAUUUACGCAGGUCUUCGUUGUGCAGCUAAUAUUCAAUGAAGAAAAUUUUAUUGUUAAAGAGUCGUUUGCCAGAAUCUCACCAUUGGGUUCACAAAUAUUUUAGUUAAGGGAUUAAUCUUUUGUACAAUUUUAACAUCAUAAGAUUAUGUCUAAAUUUUAGUCUCUGGUUUAUUUAA